AUGGAUGACUUGGCUCUCCUUGACCUGUUGGAGUGUCCCGUGUGCUUUGAAAAGCUCGACGCCACAGCGAAGGUGCUGCCGUGCCAGCACACGUUCUGCAAGCCGUGUCUGCAGAGGAUCCUGAAAUCCCAGAAGGAGCUCCGGUGCCCCGAGUGCAGGACCCUGGUCCUGGGCAGCAUUGAGCAGCUGCCCUCCAACCUGCUCCUCAUUCGCCUCCUGGAUGGAGUCCGGUGUGGACAAAACGUCACCAGGUUCGGCUCGAUCCAGAGGUCCGGGCUCCUCUCCUCCCCCGCCUCCAUCAGGAGGGUCCCCAGGGGGCUGCAGCUGCACCAGCACCGGCUGGCAACGAAUCCCAGGGUUCACAUGGAAGGGGUUCCACGAGCCAGGGCCCUGUACACCUACCGCGGGCACAACCCCGGGGAGCUGCGCUUCAACAAGGGGGACACCAUCGUCCUGCUGCGGCAGCUGGAUGAGAACUGGUACCUGGGCGAGCUCAACGGCAUCAGCGGCGUUUUCCCAGCCAGCUCCGUGCAGGUCAUCAAGCACCUGCCCCUGCCCCGCCCGCUCUACAGCCUGGACCUGCGGGGCCGGGCCCCGGCCGACAGCAAGGACAUCCUGACCUUCCAGAAGCCCAGCAGCUCUGCUCAGCAGCUCCUGCAGGCCAGCAAAAGCCACUGGUCCCCCCAGUCCAAGGGCGCGUCCCUGCAAACGGCGUCUCCCAAGGCCAAGGCCACGGAGCCGGCGGCUUUCCCCAAGGUGCCUGACUCCAGACGGAAAAGUCUGCGGCAGUUCUCCAUCACCACGGCCCUCAACACCCUGAACCGCAUGGUGCACUCGCCCACCGACCGCCCGGCGCUGGAGAUCAGCUCCCCCGUGCUCAUCAGCUCCAGCAACCCCAGCGUGGCCACCCAGAGCAGCGAGAAAGCCGAGCCCCCCUGCGGGACCCCUCUGCAGGUCAGCACCUCUUACUACCCCUCACCAGGAGCGCUGGGGCCCCCGGCAGCCAUCGUCACCCUGCCCCACCUGCAGCAGCACGGGCCAGCUCACCUGAAAUCUAGUCUCUCCGACUCGAAGAUGCCUUCCCUGUACACCUCGUGGACGCUGUCGACCUCCUCGCUGUCCUCGCAAGGGAGCGUGUCCGAGAAGGGCCCGAGGCAGAGCAGAGCCCUGCGGCCGCUGCUGCUGCCCGUGCCCGUCCCUGUCCCCGGCAGGACCGCGGGGACACCGGCCCCGCUGCGCCGCGGCCGCGGCAGCAGCAGGAAGAACGGAUCCCUGCAGAGGCCGGGACAGGCAGGGACCCCCGUGCAGAUCAGCGGCUCCCUCCGGCGCCCCACGGCUGCGGGCCGGCCUCUGCACUUGCAGCUUUACCCGCACAGCAUCGCUCCCGGAGCUGCCGUGGACGAGGCAACGAGGCCCAACUUCUAUGAGGCUUCACCGGCGCUGGUGGUCAGGGGAGGGGAGAGCCGAAGCCCCUCCGUGUGCAGCUCGGUGAUCCUGGAUGCCAAAGACCCCCCGGUGAAGAGCGAGGCGGCUCCAAAGCCGCCCGCCUCAGCCCCGCCGUCCAUCCUGGUGAAACCAGAAACCUCCCGCAACAGCGCCGAAAAGCAAGUGAAGACGGUGAGGUUCCAGAACCACAGCCCGCCGCCGCCCAAGCGGCACAGCCUGCAGCCGUCGCCGAGGCUGGUCCGCAGCAGGACAGAGCCCGAGGGGCUCCUGGCCGAGCCCCGCCUGGGCCCCGAGCUGCUGCUGCUGUACUCGCCGCGCCUGGGCUCCAGCCCCCUGCACCCGCGCCGGGCGCUGCACCCCAAGGCGCUGUCCCUGGACCUCUCGGGGCAGCUGACCUUCCCCAUCAAGAAGAGCUACAGCAGCAUCUCUGCAAACUGA